AUGAAGACGCUUCGAAGCUUGGUCGCGGCGCUAAUACUAUCGUGUAUUUGCAUCCUAUUUCUCCUACCCUCCUACUCCUUAGCCACGUCAGAUGACCUCCUCCCGGAUAUUCCGCGGCCACGUGGCAGCAGAGGAAGGCCGAAGCUCUUUAAGAUUCGAAUACGAUCGACCAACAAACUGCCCUUCGCUUCUACCUCCUCCUCCUCCUCGUCCUUUUAUUCCUCAAAAGUUUCGCGCUUCGCGAAUCCCGGUGGUGCCAACAGGGGGAUCGGCCGUUUCCCGCUGCCCUCCUUUCUCGCCGCAUCUUCCGCCGCAACCUCCGCCGUUUCCUCCGCCGUCUCGUCCCUCCGCCGCGCCCUCUUCAGCCGCCGAACGGCUGCACAAACCGACGCCGAACCUUCCAAGAAACAGGGCGGCCAUCCGAACCUAGGCCACCACCAUCGGAUCACCACAACCACCAGAUCAACGGCGGAGAUCGACCCAGGAGCCGACACCACCACCAGCGAGCCGCAGGGUUUCGGCAUUCCCAAGGUUUUCGACAUUCCCAAGGGAAUGCACGGGCCGUUCACAGGGCACCACCCGCGCCUCGGCCACCACACCGCCUCCGUAGGCCACCACUGGUUCGACGGCGGCCGCCAUGCGGCGGCGGGCGCCGCCAGCGCGGGCGGGCGAGCGCCGUUUGGCGGAGGGCACCAUCCGCGGAAGGCGGAUGGGACACCGUUUGUCUCAUCUUCGCUAAGGAGAACCCCGGUUUCGACGUCUGCUGCGGGUAAGACACCCCCCCUCUCCCUUCCCCCUCUCCCCUCCCUCCUCUCCCUCAUUUCCCUCCUCUCCCUCAUUUCCCUCCCCUCCCCCCACCUCCCUCCCGUUGCAUCAAUCGCGCCUGCAAUCUCUGCAGCGACUGCCUCACUGCGUGUCCGCCGUUCACCCUUCUCUCUUUUUCCCUUUCCUCCUUCUCCCUCCACUUCUUCCCCCAUCCCUCCCUUUUCCGCCUGCCGUUGCUUCAGGCGCGCGUGUCGCAAUCUCUGCAUCGACGUGUUUCACUGCGACAACUUUCGAGACGCGCGCGUGCCGCAACCUGCGCAGCGACGUGUUUCACUGCAGCAACUGCCUCACGGCGUGCGUGCGUGCCGCAACCUGCGCAGCGACGUGUUUCACUGCGGCAACUGCCUCACGGCGUGUCCGACAGGCCACCAGUGCUGCGACGGCGCGUGCGUCAGCACCAUGGACGAUCCACGUCACUGCGGCGGCUGCUACAACACGUGUCCUGCUGACGCGGCGUGCCAGCUAGGAAUGUGCGGAUACGGCAGCAGCAGCAGCAGCGGCGGCAGUGGUGGUUCUCGCGGCAGUAGUGGGGAUGGUAAAGGAGGGUCUACUGCUAACGUUGAGGCUAGAGGCCGCUAUAACGGUGCUGGCGGAUUCAGCAGUACCACCAGUGGCGGCUGGGGCAGCGGCAGCAGCAGCAGCAGCGGCAGCGGCAGCAGCAGCAGUGAGUAUGGUGACUUUAAGGUUGCUGACAAGCCUGGUGGUUCUGCCAGGGGCAGCAGCGAUAGUGGUGGUGAUGGUGGUGAUGCGAGUGGUGCUGCUGAUGGUGCCACUGGUGGUGGCAGUAAACGGAGCAGCGCUGAUGCUGCUGAUUCCGAGGGUGCCACUUUUAAGAGUGGUUACAAGAGUGACGGCAGGCUUGGCACUGUUGACGCGCAGAGCAGCACCGGCACCACCAAUUUCAACACCAGCGGCGGCAACAGUAACAGCAGCAGUCACAGUGGCAGUGGCAGUGGCAGUGACAGUGGCAGUGGCAAGACAGGGGAAGGAGGAGAGGGGGGAGGAGAGGGGAAAGAGGGUGGAGAGGAGGAAGGGGGAGAAGCAACAGGAACAGAGAAAUCAGGAGAAAGUUCAGAAGAGAAUACAGGGGAGGAGUCAGGUGAAAAGCCAGAAAAGAGCGGUGACUCUAGCGAGCACACGAGCGCGCUUUGGCCCGAGCUGGAUGAGGCUUCAGGUGGGGCGUCAGGGGAAUCCGCGGCGUCAGGUGAAAAUUCAGGUGAAAGUUCAGGUGGAGCAGAUGACUCGGGGGAAACUUCAGAGGGUGAUGAUGCGAAGGAGAAAUCAGGAUCAGGGGAGGGGGGUGAGGAGGGGAGCGGGAGGGAGAGUGAAGAGGAGAAGGGGAAGGAUGCAUGGAAGGAGCAUGUGGGAGGGAGAGUGGUGGAUCUCGAUGAGUGGCAGAGAGGGGUGCAGGAGAGCAGCUAUCACCUGAAGAUGACGAAAGGGGUCCAGGAGGGCAAGGGGAAGGCCACUGAAGGGCACGGGCACUCACAUGCAAGCAGUGAGGGUGGUAAGGGCGGCAAGGGCAAAGACAGCAGCAGCAGCAGCGGCGGCAGCAGCAGCAGCAGCAGCAAGGGAGGGGUGCAGGAGAGCAGCUAUCGUGUGGAGGUGACCCAGGAAGGCAAGGGGAAGGCGAAUGAAGGGCGAGGGCACUCACACGCAAGCAGCGAGGGUGGCAAGGGCGGCAAGGGCGACAAUGGUGGCACCAGCACAAGUGGUGGCAGUAGUGGUGGGAACGGCAGCAUCGAAGGGGGGAAUAACGUGUUUAAGGUGAACACAGAACGCAAGGAGAAGAGCAGUGGUGGUGCUGGGGCAGGGCAUGAGGCGCAGAGCAGCGCCGGUAGUGGUGGUAGUGAGGCAGGGCAUGAAACGCGGAGUAUCCCUGGUGGUGGUGGGCAUGAUGGGAGUGGCGGUGGCGGAGGGGAGAGGACGAAAAUCGAACAGCAACAGCAGCAAGCGGGAGAUAAGGAGCAGGAGGGAAGGCAGCAGCAGCAGCAGCAGCAGCAGCAGCAGGCGCAAGAGCAAGGACAGGAAGAGGAAGGGGGAAAGCAGCAGCAGGAACAGCAGCGGAGCGUGAGGUUUGAGGACGAGUGGCAGCAGCUGCUGUCAGUGGCAGAUAGCAGCAGACUCGCCACCCACACUGCUGCUGCAGUCCAUGCCGGCACAGGGGUCAGCAAGAGUGACGGCAGAACUGGUGGCAGCAGCAGUGGAACCCACGCUGCUGCUGCCCAUGCUGGCACGGGUGGGAGUGGCGGUGACAGCAGCGAUGGCAACAGUGGUGGCAACGGCGGUGGUGGCACUAGUCACAGUCCUGACCCUGAUGACGGUAGUGGUGCUGGGGGGAAAGGAGAGGGUAGAAAAGGGCGGAGUGUGGUAAAGAGAGGUGGAGAGGUCAAGGAGGGGUGGACGCCUAUAUCUGCGUUGAUCGCCAUGCAGAGGCGCAUAGAGGCGGGCAUGGCGUGGCAAGGAGCGGAUGGGGACCGUGCUGCUGGUCACGGUGCUGCUGCUGCUGGCAAGGGUGGUGGAGGUGAUGCUACUGCUGGGGGUGAUGGUGGUACUGCUGAGUGGUUGGGAGUCCACAGCAGCGGAAGGCAGCACGCAGGACAGCAUCAGGCGGGGCAUGCAAGGCAUGGUUGA